AAAUUCAUCACAGUAUAUAGUAAAUACAACAAAAGACACGAGACUGAACACAAAAUCAGUUAUCUAAUUGAAAAUUGAAUAAUGGACUUGUACAAUGUCGAGAAUCGCUUGAUGAUACUGGAAUGCCUCAGAGAGAACUCGGCCAAUAUGCGCAUCGAGCAGGCUAAUUUACGUGAUCGCAUUACGCAGGCCUUGGUGCGGGCACGAACUAGUCUGCUGUGCAUUCGACAGCUAAACAUUGAGCUGCAGGAAAUGAAGCUGACUGUGGACAAUGCAUUGGCUAACGACUUUCAGGAUUUGGCCGACUACGACGGCCCAGAAAUAGAUGAGAUUUCCGAAAAUAUAUUGGAGCAGCCUACGAUCGAAGUGCUAGAUGAAACCGCACAAGAGUCUCCCAAUGGGGCAAGUCCAGAUCAGUUGAAUGAAAAUGACACGGGAAUACGCUAAGCAUUUGUGUCUGAGAGGAGGUCCAUUAAGCCUUUAAGUUAUAUUUUUAGUGCAAAGUUUUUGUUUAAUGAGUCCAUAUUAAAAGUUCGCCAACCGCAACAAUUCGAAGCAUGAAAACCACAAAAGCUUUGAUAUAU